GAUUGAAGUAGUGAUGACUGUAAUCCCAUUCAGCAUUUUGUGGGCUUGUCCAGGGGGACAGUGAAACACAGGGCCGACAAAGAGCUUUUGUUAUUUACCAGGAGCGAGAGAGAGAGUGACAGAAAGAGAGGGAGACAGAAUUAUAGAGAGAGGUUAGCUAGAAAGGAGACACUCAGAGAGUUAUCAAGUGAGAGAGACGAACAAGAAGUGAUAGAGAGCGAGUGAGAACUAGAGCGAGAACCAAAGAAGAAGUCGAGUUUUAGCAAACCAGGUCGUCUCCCCUUACCUUGGUGUGUCUGUCCCGCCAUGGGGAACAGCAAGAGCGGCGCGCUGUCUAAGGAACUCCUGGAAGACUUGAAGUCCAACACCAAGUACACCGAGGCUGAGCUGUGUACCUGGUACCAGACCUUCCUCAAGGAAUGCCCCGGGGGGAAGAUCUCCAAGGAGCAGUUUGAGGGCAUCUACGCCAGCUUCUUCCCUGGAGCGGACCCCUCAGACUAUGCCCGUCACGUGUUCAGGAGCUUCGACACCAACGCGGACGGUACGCUGGACUUCAAGGAGUACAUCGUAGCUCUUCACCUCACCUCCGGAGGCAAGACCACGCAGAAACUUGAGUGGGCCUUCGCCCUCUACGACGUCGAUGGCAACGGCACCAUCAGCAAGAACGAGAUCCAGGAGAUCGUCAAGUCAAUAUUCAGCAUGAUCUCUGCUGACGAUCAAGAAAACCUCUCGGAGGACGAAAACACACCGGAGAAGAGAGCCGACAAGAUCUGGAACUUCUUUGGAAAGAAAGAAGAUGAAAAGAUCUCAGAGGGAGAGUUCAUCCAGGGUGUGAUGGAAAACAAGGACAUUCUGAGGUUGAUACAGUACGACGAGCCCCAGAAAAUCAAGGAUAAACUGAAGGAGAAGAAGCCAUAACACAGGACGAGGAA